AUGACUACAAAUUUAGUUGCAUAUGCAAAAGAAUUGAGUCGAAUUAAACCAGAAGAUUUACCUGAAAAAUUUCUACAACUUCAACAUCUUUUACAACGAUCAACAUCAAUUACAAGUGUUAAACAUGAAAUAAUAGCACUUGAUAUAUUACCGAUUUUAUUAUUAACAUUACGACAAGAUUUUACAUUGACAAAUGGAUGGCGUUUAGCAUCGACCAAUCUAAGUCAAUUAGCUAGUUUAUGUAUGUGUGUCGAAGUAGAUAAAACGAAUACGAAAAUAAAAGCAUGGUCAAAUAAAUUCUAUGAUAAAUAUCUUCCACAAGGUAUUGAUAGUUUUAUUUUACUUACACGUCAUUUACAAGAUCGAUACACACAAGAGAAAAAAUCACAUCUUCGACAAGAUUAUAUAACUUAUAUGAAUACAGUUAUGAAUAAUCUUAUUGAAGUAUUAAAUUUUCAUUCAAAUCAAUAUUCACUUAUAAAACAAGUUUUGGUUUCAUCAAAAUUUAUGGAAUUAUUUCUUACAGAUGAUGUUUAUAUUUGUUCAUUAAUGAUCAAUAUUUUUGAAGAUAUUGUUCGAAAGAGCAGACGUUUAACAGGUCCAAGCGUAUUUUAUGAAUUAUCAAAUAAAUUAAAACAAGAUUAUGUUAAUGAACUUGCUUAUAAAUUAACUGUAUUUGAUAAUAAUGAAGUUGGAAGAGGAGCUGUACGUGCUUUAAUUGCUAUAUGUGAAACUGAUUCCAGUAUUGUUUCUCUAUUAUCUGCUAAAUUCAAAGGUUUACCUACAGUUUUACAACGAUGGCAUGGUCGAGGUUUUGGAAUGGAUCUACAAGAUUUACUUGCUAUCAUAAAACGAAGUAGUAAGGAUGGACCUUAUUCUCGUGAAGAUCAAAGAGAGAACUAUGCUGCAAGUCGAAUUCAAGCAUUAUGGCGAGGUCAUAUAACUCGAAAACAAUUGACAAGAGCAAAUCAAGCUAUGAAACAAUUUCAAACUAGUUUCAGAAAGAGAAAACUAAGAGAAAUUCAAAUGAAAGAUCGUGAACGUGAACGUGCUGAAGUUCAAUAUCAAGCAACACGUGAACAUUAUCGACGUUUACGUCAAUUUAAACUUCAACAAAUGCAAACUAUUCAAUUAUUACCUGCAUCUGAAGUAGAAAAAUAUCUUGAAAUUCAACGUUUACAAAGUGCAACAAAAAUUCAAGCACUUUUUCGUGGUCAUUUACAACGACGUAAUCUAAAUAAUGGUGGUCAUGAUCGUCUUAUUGCUGAUCGUGCUGCACGUCGUAUUCAACGAACAUUUCGUCAUUAUCGUCAACGAAAACUAGCUCAACUCGAUCGACGUCAACAACGACUUGAAUAUAUUAAACCAACUAUAUUAACUGAAGCUAAACGUGAGGAAUUAAUUGAACAAAUUGAAAAAUGGAAAAGUGAACGAGCACCAAGACCAAUGUCUGAUGAAGAAUUUCAUGCACUUCAUACACGUGGACAAGAUAGUCUUAAUCGUUAUGUAACUACAAAUCGAGCAUGGCGUAGAAUUGAGCAACGACAACGUUUAUUACUUCAUAUGAUGAAUAAUGAUUCAGAAUUUCUUCUUUCAAAUUAUCCAAAAUUAAAAUCUGUAAUGGAACCAAAUAAUACAAUUGAUUCGUCAACCAAUCAUAUUGAUAAAGCAGCAAGUUAUCUUAAUCAUCCAUCAUCAGCUAUUCGUUAUCGUGCUCGACAAGCACAUAUUGAAGCACUUAAAUAUGCUCGAUCACCAUGGUAUAAAGCUAUACAAUUAGCUAAUAUGGAUGAAGAUGAAGAUGAUGAAGAUGAAUAUUUAAAUCGUGGUGGUCUCGAUGAUUUUUCUCGUAAUGAUAUUUUAAAUAAUCCUACGAGAUAUGAAUAUGAAAAACGAAAAUUUCAUCA